AUGGCUUCCAACUCGUUUCGAGAGUCUAUGAACUCCCUUGGGUGGUCGCGCCGAGAUGCAGAUAUCCCCGUCAAUACGUCACGGCAAUCUGGGCUGCUUUCCUCGAUCCAGUCGCUGAACCCCUUUGGUGGCGGCGGUUACGUUCGACUGCCGACGACUGAGGGUACUGGUGCACCUCUCCCGGCUCCCACUCGCCGCGAAGAAGAAGAAGGAUGGUUUGCAUUGAGCCGGUGGGACCGCAUGCUCGUCUUUUUCGGCUGCAACUUGGGCGCUCUCGCCUGUUUUGUCCUGUGCUUUGCCUUAUGGCCCAUUCUCAUGGCGAAGCCACGCAAGUUUGUCAUACUAUGGACUUUCGGCUCGCUUCUAUUCUUGUCCUCUUUUGCUGCCAUAAUGGGCCCCAUGGCAUACGUCCAACACCUGCUCUCGGGCCCGAGACUUCCAUUCUCUGCCGCUUAUUUUGGAUCACUGGUCAUGUCCAUCUACUUUUCCAUUGGCCUGCAAAGCACCAUCUUGACCUUGAUCGCCGCCAUCAUACAGAUAGCCUGCCUUAUAUGGUAUCUCGUCAGUUAUUUUCCAAUGGGCUCGAGCAGCUUGAGAAUGGCGACAACGUUCGGCGCGCGCAGAGCAGCCGCCUGGAUGACUGGGUAA